GGUAGUCAUGUGUUCAGACCCGGAAGUGAAAAGAGCACGUUACUGUAGCACGGAUCGGAUCAGUUCGGAUCAGUACGGAUCAGUUCGGACCGGUUCGGGUCUUCGUUUCGGGUUUGGAGUCUCUGCUGGUGUGUGUCAUGUCGGUCGUCGGGUGCGUACCUGGACAGUUUGAUGAUGCAGAGGAGGACAGCGCCCAAUCAGACUUGUCAGUUAUGCAGAGUCAGAUGAGUGAUGUCACUAUGCAGCCUUCAUCAGAGCAGCAGCAGGAUGACGAUUAUGACGAUGAUGAGGAUGAGGAGGUCGAUGAAGAUUGGGCGUGGGGUUCUGGAGAUCUGACUAAAAAAUACAACCGGACGAGUGUGAACUCUCAGUCCAACAGACAGAAUCCGUCCAAUAAGAAUCUGCCAUUGACUCCAUCUGACAAAGCUCUGAGGAAGUACGAACACAAGAUCAACCUGGAUAAACUGAAUUUCGCUGACUCAGUGAUCAAUAAAGUGAUGACGAUGCAGAAACAGAAAGACGCCAACACGUACAGAGUGAAGGACAAAUCAGAUCGAGCCACUGUCGAGCAGGUUUUAGAUCCUCGAACUCGAAUGAUUCUCUUCAAGAUGUUGAGUCGAGGAGUCAUCAGUGAGAUCAAUGGCUGCAUCAGUACAGGGAAGGAGGCGAAUGUUUAUCAUGCCAACACAUCAACUGGAGUGAGCCGAGCGAUCAAAAUCUACAAAACCUCGAUUCUGCUGUUUAAAGACCGUGACAAAUACGUGAGCGGAGAGUUUAGGUUCCGGCAUGGUUACUGUAAAGGAAACCCUCGGAAGAUGGUGAGAACGUGGGCAGAGAAGGAGAUGAGGAACCUCAUCAGACUGCAGACGGCAGGAAUCCCGAGUCCAGAACCUCUCCUUCUCAGAAGUCAUGUUCUGCUGAUGAGCUUCAUCGGAAAAGAGAACAGGCCGGCUCCUCUGCUGAAGAACGCUUUAUUGUCGGACUCAAAGGCCCGUGAGCUCUACCUGCAGGUUCUACAGAACAUGAGAAAGAUGUUCCAGGAGGCCCGACUUGUCCAUGCCGACCUCAGCGAGUUCAACAUGCUAUAUCACGAGGGAAACGCUUACAUCAUCGACGUGUCACAGUCGGUGGAACACGAUCAUCCUCACGCUCUCGAGUUCCUCAGGAAAGACUGCAGCAACGUGAACGAAUUCUUUGUGAAGCGUGGCGUUGCGGUGAUGACGGUCCGAGAGCUGUUUGACUUCAUUACUGACCCGUCGAUCACCUCCCAUAACAUUGACCAGUACCUAGAGAAGGCAAUGGUGAUCGCAGCUGAGCGGACGUCGGAGCAGCGAUCAGAUCAGGACCGAGUAGACGAGGAGGUGUUUAAGAAGGCCUACAUCCCCCGCACGCUGACAGAGGUGAGUCAUUACGAGCAAGACGUCGAUCUGAUGAAGUCGAAGGAGGAGUCCGCCAUCCGAAAAAAUGACGACAAUGUUCUAUAUCAGACACUGACCGGACUGAAGAAGGAUCUAUCAGGAGUUCAAACGGUUCCUGCUCUCCUGGAGGAUGAGUCUUCAUCCUCAGAGGAGGAUGAAGAGGACGAAGAGGAUGAGGAGAAAGAUGAGCAGCAGCAGAGUGAGGAAACCUCCAUGGACAAAAAGGAGAAGAAGAAGAUUGUAAAAGAAGCUCAGAGAGAAAAAAGAAAGAACAAAGUGCCAAAACAUGUGAAGAAGAGGAAAGAGAAAGUGUCUAAGAUGAAGAAAGGAAGAUGAGACUUCCUGUUUAUUUCACAACUUAGGCUGCUCCGACCACCACGACGUCCUGCCUAAACAUGGACUCUGUCAUCUGACUAGUGUGGACGUUGGCUAAUCCCAGCGCAGAGCUGUCGACGUUUGAGCAUCGAAGUACGUUUGGCAGAAAAAUCGGAAUCCACGACUUAAUGUUCAAAGUUUUAACUGUCAGUACUUCUGGCAGUAGUUGAAUAAAACAUUUAAUCAGGCGUG